AUUUUGUUUUUUCUCAAUAUUAUCUCUGAAAGAGGACUUCUCUCAUAAAAACUACUUUCUGUUCCCUCCCUUGCAUUUUCUUCACUGACAGAGAAUACCUGCACACUUUCCCACGCACGCACGCAUACUCUAAACAGAACCCCACUCUUCAGACACAUACAUCACCUUCAUAUCUCUCGCGCUCUAUGCUUUGGCCCUUAUCAUAUCCACUAUAGCUCCUAUGAAACCCUUUUUAUCUGUCUCCCUAUUGACAGUCUUUCUCCACCCAUGACCUGCUAAACCCCAAUACAAGAUAAGAAAUUUAACAAAACCCUAUUCUUCUUCUUCUACUUCUUCUUCUUCUUCUUCUUCUUCUAAAAGCUCCCUCCCUUCUCUGUUUUAGGUUCACAAUUUUUGCAUGCCGUUUCUUGGCUUUGUCUUUUAGACACUUUACAAUGUGGUAUUUGAUAGAAACUUGAUUGUGCUUAAGAUUUUCGUUCUCUCUCUUCUUCAAAGGUUUCAUAGCAUAACUGGGCUGGUUUCUUGAACUGGUGUUUCUUUAAUUUCAUGGAUUGCCACUGCCAUUUUGACAACGGUGAUGCCCAUCUACCUCCGGGCUUUAGGUUCCAUCCGACCGACGAGGAGCUUAUCACAUACUAUCUCCUCAAGAAGGUCCUCGACAGCAACUUCACUGGCAGAGCUAUAGCUGAAGUGGAUCUCAACAAAUGCGAGCCUUGGGAGCUUCCUGAGAAAGCUAAAAUGGGAGAGAAAGAGUGGUAUUUCUUCAGCCUGAGGGAUAGAAAGUACCCAACUGGUUUGAGAACCAAUAGAGCCACUGAAGCUGGUUAUUGGAAGGCUACAGGGAAAGACAGGGAGAUUUACAGCUCGAAGACUUGUGCUCUAGUGGGAAUGAAGAAGACAUUGGUGUUCUACAGAGGGAGAGCUCCUAAAGGAGAGAAAAGCAAUUGGGUUAUGCAUGAGUAUCGCCUCGAAGGCAAAUUUGCCUACCACUAUCUCUCCCGCAGCUCCAAGGACGAGUGGGUCAUCUCCCGAGUCUUCCAGAAGAGUGGCGGCGCUGCCUCUAGUAGCAUCUGCAAGAAAGGCCGUUACAACGCCACCAUCAACCUCUGCCCGGAAGCCAGCUCCCCUUCGGUUUCUCUCCCACCUCUCCUGGACCCUACCACCACCAGCGCUACUAUUGUCUCGACAACCACUCUCAAUGACCAUGACUGCUGCUCCUAUGACAGCUAUGCCCAAACUGAGCACGUGUCCUGUUUCUCCAUUGCAGCCGCUGCCUCCGCCGCUGCUAACCAGAACAACUUUGAUUUUGCUCCGCCGCCUCUCCCUUCUGCUGAUCCGUUUGGACGUUUCCCAAGAGAUCUGGGUUUGUCUGCUUUCCCCAGCCUUAGGUCUCUGCAGGAGAAUCUUCAGCUACCUUUCUUCUUCUCUUCCUCAUCCCAGGGUGCGCCGGCUGCAUAUAAUGGAGUUGGUACCAAUGCCCUGAAUUGGAUGGCAGGUUUGGAUGAGGGGAGAGUUGAUGGUGGGGGUGGUGGCGGAAGGGCUGUGAGGGGUGCCACAGAACUCGACUGCAUGUGGACCUACAAAGUUUUUGAUGAUUAA